AUCUUGAAGGUAAUGGCAAUUCUGGCCAUUCACACUAUUACCUGGAGACAUCAUUUGUAAAACAAUCAGUGUGUCAAGCCAUUAUUGAUUAAAAAAGACAGUAAAGCUUCCUCUUAGAAAAUAAAAACCAAGCAAGCUGAAAUAGCGAGUAUCUGACACACUGUGCUGAAAUACAGAUUUCUGGUGGCACAUACAUGUCUAAAAGCUCAGGAGCAUAUUUGUAGUUUUUCGGGAUUCUUUAGCUGACAAAGAACACUUCUGCCUUUACAGCUUAAGGAAGAUGUACAUGAGGAGAAGUCUUCGAUGAGUGCAUUUUGUCUGUGAGCAUCUUCCAUUUGUUCAGACCCCAAGGCACUUGGAUGGCAACUCAGGAGCUGGGGUGGGAGCGUGUGGAAGGCAGGGGGAACCUCUGACGCCAGCAGCCGCCCCGCUGCCUCAGACCGGGCCGCAGAGACAGCUGCACGGGCAGCCGCGCGCUGACAGCCCUCCCUCAGCCAACGCCCGCCCGUUUUAAAAGCGCUCGCCCGCCGUGCCCCGCUGUGAGCCUGGCGCUGAUUGGCUCCUGCCUCCCGGCAGUUACACCUGCCGCCCAGCUCCGCUAGGCCGCGGGCUCGGGCCGGGCGGCGUCGUGCUGCGCCGAGCGGCGGGGUGAGGGAAAAAGAAGAAAAAAAGAACUAUUGCAGACAUGAAUGAGGAGAAUUCAUCUGCAACAAGUGAAUCUGGCAAAAUGAGAGGUGGUAAUCAGGCUGCUGCCUUACUGGCCCUACUAGACAAGACUGGGUACACCAUGAUUCAAGAAAAUGGGCAAAGAAAAUUUGGUGGGCCUCCACCAGGUUGGAAAGGUCCUCCACCACCUCGUGGAUGUGAAGUUUUUGUGGGUAAGAUCCCUCGUAACAUUUAUGAAGAUGAAUUGGUCCCUCUUUUCGAGAGAGCUGGAAAGAUCUAUGAGCUCAGGCUGAUGAUGGAAUUCAGUGGUGAGAAUCGAGGCUUUGCUUUUGUGAUGUACACUACUAAAGAGGAUGCCCAGCUAGCCAUCAAGAUUCUUAAUAAUUAUGAAAUUCGUCCAGGGAGAUUUAUUGGUGUCUGCAUAAGCUUGGACAACUGCAGACUAUUUAUCGGAGCAAUUCCAAGAGAAAAGAAGAAAGAAGAAAUACUAAAAGAAAUGAAAAGAAUUACAGAAGGAGUGGUGGAUGUCAUUGUUUGUCCAGAUGCCACAGACAGAACUAAAAAUCGUGGAUUUGCUUUUGUAGAAUACGAGUCCCACAGAGCAGCUGCAAUGGCUAGAAGGAGGCUACUCCCAGGAACGUUCCAGCUCUGGGGUCGUGCAGUUCAAGUCGAUUGGGCAUGCCCAGAGAAAGAAGUUGAUGCAGAAACAAUGCGGAGAGUUAAAGUAUUGUAUGUAAGAAACUUAAUGAUUUCUACUACGGAGGACACAAUUAAAGCUGAAUUCAACAAGUUCAAGCCACGAGUAGUUGAACGUGUAAAGAAGUUGAGAGACUAUGCUUUUGUGCAUUUCUACAACCGAGAGGAUGCAGUUGCUGCCAUGUCCGUGAUGAAUGGAAAGUGCAUUGAUGGAGCUAGCAUUGAAGUAACUCUGGCGAAGCCAGUUAACAAAGAAAGUACUUGGAAGCAACAUCUUAAUGGUCAUGUAAGCCCCUGUUCUGAGAAUCUCAUGGAAAUUCCUAGCAGAGAAGACAGUCACCAAAAAUCCGUAGAGAAACCUGCAAGUCUUUCUCUCAGCCUUAAUGGUCAGCACAGUCCGAGUUCUCCUGAACUUGAAUGGUAUCCAUACCCAUUUCUUCCAGGAGUAAAGCUUAUUCCAAUUAGCAUGUAUUCUCUAAAAUCCAGUUACUUCAGUUCUGCUGUGAUGCGUCUGGAUUACUUUUGCUACAAAAAUAACUGGUUACCACCAGAAUACUACUUGUACUCAACCACAAGUCAGGAUGGGAAAAUCCAUUUGGUGUGCAAGGUGCUUCUUCCGAGUAUUGCAGAUGGUUCGCAGAGUUGCUUCAUGUCACACAAACUCUGUACCACACUAGAAGAUGCCAGGGAAUUGGCAGCGCAGAUGGCACUUCUACAUCUAGACAGCUGUACACCUAACUCAGCUUGAAUUGCCCUGAAGUUGAGCAGUUGAAAAAUUUGGUAGUUGUUACUUUGAAUCUUGCCAUGAAAAGAAGACCACACUGCUGCGUGAUUACUGGAAAUUCAGAUCUCAUGUUACCUGCUGAAGGAUUUUUCAAAAGGACGUGUUUUAAACUUUGGAAGAUGAGUGCAAUUCAAUGUUAAAAAAAUGUUUUACUUAGAUUAAAUUUGUUUUAAAGAUAAUUGCUUAAAAGAUUUCAUUACCUGUAGUAGUUUCUACAACAGUAGCCUCUUUUUAGUGUUGAAAUAGUUUAGUAUGACUCCUGCCCCCUUGUAUUAUGAAUUUCAUUCAGAGUAUUUUUUCAGAUUGUGUUGCAAGUAAUCUUAAGUACACAUUUAAAAGCCAAUGCUGCCAGUGCUGCCUUUUCAAGCAAAAGCAACUCCUGAUAUUUCUGUUAGUGGCUGUAUAUGAAAUACCACGCAAAGAUUUGCUUCUGUAACAGCGCACAUUUUAUAGGAAGAACAUUUCCUACAAACGUUUCCUUCUAAAGAGAUGUCAUUAAUUUUGCUUCUUUUACUUUGUUUUAAAAGUGGAUCUGUCUCCUUUAAAACUGGGUAAAUGCUUUCAGCUCCUGAUCAAGACUAAGGAUAUAAUGACACGACCUGUACAAGUAAUGUUGUAAGCUUCUUUUUUAACUUGAAAAGCUGGUUGGAGGAAAAAAGUAGAUAGAAAACAAUGCAAUUGAGUGCUUUAAGUUGAAUAACUUUUCUUAAUGCAGUCAAACAUUACAGUUGGAUGUUUCAUCAAUAUAUUGCCUUUUUUGAUCUACCUAAAUGUUAUUUAUAUUUAAUGAUAGCUACAUAGUUGUUACAAGUGUUGUAAAUUUUAAUGUUUAAUACUGUGUUUUACUUCUUCAUUUGAAUUUGGACAUUAAAUUCAUGCUGUUAGCAUUUGGUGUGUGUACUUGAAUACUAGAAUUUUACUUGUAGUACAUUUGCAAACUGACUCUGUAGCAUUCACUUUGCUUUUUGUAGUUGAAACUUUGGCCAGAGGCUCCAGUUUGAAGUGCUUUGCUGAACAUGAAGUUGAAUUCAGUGGCUUACUGUUUCCUAUAAAGCUCAUGUGGGAGGAAGAAAGAGGAGGCUUGCUUUAUCUCAUAUUUAAAUCCCCUGAGACCAAGACAAAAAAAAAAAAAUAAAACCAACAGUGUUUGGGUAAAAUAACUCAGCAUUAUGCUGAUAGGAAUGGGAGAACUAAUUUCCAAGUCCUUGUGCCGUUCAGCCUGAGUACUGCAGUUUGCAGACUGCUGCAGUGAGCUUUCUUUUGGUCUGCUCUGAGUUCCAUGUUUUUAUUGCAAGGUUUUCAAAUAGGCAUCUUUAAAGACACCUCGAAAAUACAAGUGCAAGAAGAUCUUGAUAAAACAGUGUUCUUUCCUCCUUAUAGA